AUGAAGUCUAUUAAAAGAGUUUAUGAGGAAGAUUCAGACACUUCUUCACUUAGCAGUAACCUUCUGACCGAAACUGAAGACUCAUUAAUUAGUGUUAGAAUUAAUAAUUCCAAUGCUAUUGCUGGUGCAAAUAAUUAUGACAUUAAUCCUAAAGUUGUUAUAUGUAAUGACAAUAAUAGCAGUAUUAUUAGGCAUAUUAGAAAUAUUGGUAAUAGAAAUAGAAAUAUCAUUAAUAAAAAUACAAAUACAAACACAAAUAAUAAUAAUAAUAAUGAUUAUAGAGGUUCAAUUAAUUCAAUUAGAAGAAGUACAAGGAUUAUCAGAAAUACUACAAUUAAUAACAACAAUCAACAACAGCAGCCAGAAACAAAACUAUGUGAAUCAUGUAAAAUAUUGCAUUUGAAUGUGCAAAAAGUUGGUAGUCUUGAUUUAUGCUUGUAUUGUCGAUCAUUAUUUGAUGAUGAUAUUGAAUUUCGUUCUCGACGUGCUCAAUAUGGUUUUGAGUUGUAUAAACGUGUUAAAGUGUUUUAUAGUGAUGGUGGAUGGUAUUCAGCUACUAUGAUGGAUGUUAAAGAUGGCCGAAUUCGUGUACACUUUGAUGGUUGGAGUGAUUAUUUUGAUGAGUGGAUACCUGCUGGCAGUCAACGAAUGAAGGAAAUGACCAUUGAAGAAAUAGUUGAAGCACAAAAAAAAUUGGAUGUUAUGAAAAAGGAUGAGGGAUUGAUUGAACAAACUGAAAAUUUUUAUAAAUCUCUAUUAAAAAGAAAUAAUAAACAACUAAUCAAUAAUUAUGCAAACCAAUCUUCUUUUGAUUUUUAUUUUGCAAGAAACACACGUCGUAGUGCCCGUAAUGAUGUAAUAUUAACUGAUGGUAAUAUUCUUGCAAAGUUAAAGACACGUUUCAAAUUAGGUAAUAAAAUUGAAGUUCGUGAUAGAUUGAGGGAAUGGAUGCCUGCAACUAUAAUUGCAUCAAAAGGUUGUAGAAUCUUAAUUCAUUAUGAUGAUGUGCCUGCAUUUUAUGAUGAAUGGAUAGACAUCACAAGUGAUCGACUACGUGUAAGACAAAUAAUUAAGGAACCUGAUACCUAUGCUCAUCAAAAUUCCUCCAAAGCUAUAUCAUCAUCAUUACAUUUGAUCAAUAAAAAAGAUAGACACCAACGAAAGAGUGGCAAAUGUGAUAUUAAUGAUGAUAAUAAUCAGGUGUCUCACUUGGAAUUUGUUGUAAAUGGUGAACGAAUUGGGAGUUUUGAAGGAAAUGAUUAUAGGAGUUUUGAACUUUGCGCAUGGUGCUAUGGGCAUCAAUUUCCAAAUUAUCAUGAACAUCCUCGUUGUUCCUUUGCAGUACAGUCAAUCAUAGAUGAUGAUGCUAUUAAAAUGUCAUCGAAGGGAGAAGUAAUUUCAACAUUUGAUAAGGAUACUUGUGACACAACUUACACUGAAGAAAAUCUUGAAAUAUUAAAUAGCAACAUACCAAUUGAGAAUGAUAUGGGAUAUCUUUACCUUAAAGCUUGGAGCUCACGUAAGAUAUGUUGUUUCUGUAAUGAUGAUGAUCCUAAUCAGCUAGGCAACUUCAUUGGUCCUUAUCCAUUUAUUGCAAAUAUUUAUACACGACAUGGUGAAAGACAAAAAAGAUUUUGGUCACAUUAUGCUUGUGCAAAAUAUUCACCCGAAGUUUAUGUUACCAAGAAUAAUGAAUGGUAUAAUAUCACUAUAGCUUGGAAAAGAGGCAGAAGUAUGAAAUGUGCAAAAUGUAAAGAAAGAGGAGCAACAAUUGGAUGUUUUGAUCCAAAAUGUGCAAAAAGUUAUCAUCUUGCAUGUACUGAAAAACCCCUUUCACAUUUUGAAAUGGGUGUGAUUUUUUAUUGCCCCACACAUGAAUCACGUUAUGCUCAAACAGAAUAUUAUAACGAAGUUUAUAGAUGUGAUGUUUGUUCAUGUGAAUUACAAGCAGACAAAUGGUGGACUUGUAAACCAUGUGAAUCUAAAUUCUUUACUUCAUUUGAUUUAUGUCAACAAGAUGACCAAAUCACAAAACAAGCCAUGAUAGCUGUUGCUAAUCAAAAAGCUCGUGUAGCUGGAAUGAAGAAAAAAACCAAGAGUUCACUUCCAAGUCGUGGUAAAGGAUCAAAAAUUCAAUGCUCAUAUUGUUGGGCAGAAGAAUCUCCUCGUUGGAGGAAAGGUUAUAAUGGAGUAUUAAUGUGUGAAGAAUGUUUUGAAUCAGUUCUUAUAAACAACAAUAAUGCAAGUGACAUGCAACAUUUGGAAACAAAUCAAUAUAUAACUAGUAGCGAGGAUUAUAUUUAUAGACCAUAUCUCACUAGAACUAUUUGUUCUGACAAAAAAUUUGAUGAUUUGGAAUCGCAUGCUUUGUACCUUGAUAGUUAUGAACCAGCUGAAAAUCAAUUGUUCUCAUUAACAUUUGAUAGUUCUUAUUUUGACAUUCCUGGUCGUGCACCAAGAUGGGCAACACAUAGUGGUACUGAUUAUCAUGGUACAUGGCUUCCACAAACGGUUCGAAGGCAAAUAUCCAAUGCCAUACUUCGUUAUACUAGAAAGAAUGAUAAGGUUUUAUCAAAUUUCCUUGGAAGAGGGACUGAUGCCAUUGAAUGUUUUCUGCUAUGCAGAAAACUUGUUGGUGUUGAUAUUAAUCCUGCUGCUGUUGCAUUGUCACAAUGCAAUUGUUCAUUUGCAAUUCCACCAAAUCAAGGGAUCACAGCUGAACAUCGACCAAUUAUUCUUCAAGCAGAUUCAAGGAGUUUAAAAGGUGCAAUAUUUGAGGAUGAAUCAUUUGAUCAUAUAUUAAGUCAUCCUCCAUAUAAGAAUUGUGUUGAAUAUUCAACACAUAUAGAUGGAGAUUUAUCAAGGUUUGCAAAUUGUAAAGAAUUUGCAAUGGAGAUGAGUAAAGUUAUUGAGGAAUCAUGGAGAUUAUUAAAGUUUGGAAAACGGAUUACACUUGGAAUUGGUGAUAACAGAGAACAUUGUUUUUAUGUCCCUGUCAGCUUUAAUUUAUUUAGACAAUAUAUAAAUCAAGGAUUUGAAAUAGAAGAAUUGGUUGCAAAACGUCAAAGAUAUUGUCAAGCAUUUGGACUAGGAACAUAUCUUUGUGUUCAAUAUGAUUUCUUAAUGUUUACACAUGAAUUCAUUGCAACAUUUAGAAAAACAGAUAAAGAAAAGAAUGACAAAAUGUUAUUAAUACCUGAUUAUUCUAUGUUGGAAAAUCAAGUAACAUAUGAAAGAAAUUUAAGAGAAAUCCCUACUUUGCCUAUUGCACGUAAAAGUGUUGUUAUGGGUACAACUUGGACAUUUAAACCAUCAGAUAAAUACACCUUUGUACAACUUUGCACUUCAAGGAUGGUUGAAAGAUUUGGCAGAGAUUGUGCAAAUUAUGAAGAAAUUAAUAUAAAAUUUAAUAAUAAGUUAGAGGGAAAUUAUAAUAAUGAUGUUUCUGAUGAUAAUUUGGAAUCAAUGAUUAAUGACCAAGAUAAAGAUGAUAAUGAAAUUCCUGAAUAUGAAAAAAUCAGACAAAAAAGAAUUCAAGAAAAUCAUAAAAUGCUUCUUGCUUUGGGAUUAAAAUGUGAUCUUGGUGAAGAAUCUGAUGAUAUAUCACAUUUAGGAAAACUUUUAAAUAGUACACCAAGACCAACACCAACACCAACAGCACUAAUAGUAAUACCACACAUACCAAAUACAUCAUUACACCCUAAAAAUAUCCCCAUCUAUCGUACUACAAUAAUGAAAUUAGCAAUUGAAGCAUACAAUACACUACCACCUUCAGGAUUUUUAGUGAUAGGUGCUCAGGAUAUCAGAACACCAGAUGAUGAUAAAUUAUGGCCUCUUAGUAUGUUGUUAAUGGAAGAUGUUCAUAAUGUUGUUAGUAUGGAUAAAUUACCAUUGAAAGAGCUAGUUGUUACUGUGCCAGAAGGUUUUGCUAAAGAUAAAAAAAAAAUUGCAUCUUUUGAUGAGUACAAAGAGGAAGAAUGCAUCCUUGGAGAUGAAAUUGAUAACAACAUUAACGGCGAUGAAAAUAAUAACAUUGAAAAUAAUGACAACAUUAAUAAAGGCAAAAAGAAAACAUCACAAUUGCCCAUUGUUCAUUCAACAAAGAAACAACAACAAAGAAAACCACUCAUAUCUACAAAAACUGACAAAAAUAGUGAUAGUGUGUUGCAAGUUGAUUCACAAUUGGAGAAUAUUUAUCUAACAGAGCUUUCAUUGGUUGAG